GCCUUAGCAAUGCGCGGCAGCACGUCCGAACGUACUUCUAGAAAUAACAUCAUCGGCUUACCGUCAGCAUCAUGCACCAGCAAAAGGAGGUGAAUGGUCGGGUGUGUCCCAGAGAAUUCCAGGAUGCCCGAAGUGACCGAAGUGAACCUCCAGCAAAGAUUAUCAACCUUGAGGUCGUACCCGACUGGAAAGAGGACGAACAUACGAACAAGACGACGGUCAGGCUUCGAGGACCAAACACCACCGAUGGACGCUACCUCUGAACUUGGGAUCAGAUCGAGCCACGGGAACCUCAUCCACGCCGUCAUAUAUGCCAAGUUCGCCGCGCGCAGUGGGACUGAGGCGGAGUGGGGCAGGAAGGAGCUCACCGCGUGCAAACACGCUUCUCCUCGGGCAAUUGCAGAAGAGCGGAUUGAUUCUAGCUGAAGGUCUCGCAACAUACUACUCAUGCGAUGUCGCCUCGAACUUCUGUUUCUAUCUCACCUGCGGAGUAUCGCCGCCCACAGUGCUGCAUCCCCAGCGCAGGAAGUCGAGAUUUAUUAUCCCCAUCCCAACACACAGAGAAGCUCAGGAGAAGAAGGAAUGCGCAGUGCGCGUGAAGUUUGACACCACCGCGUUGGAUGAUGACGCAGACAUUUAUUGCUGCUACGUGUGCGACCAGCCGUGUCUCAACCCGGAGCUGGUGGCAACUUCAGGAUCAGCGUUGCGGGGCACAAGCAGACGGAGAAGAGUUGGCAGAGCUGGUGAGAUUUUAGUGUUUUCGGAUAUGUUCAUGCCCACGUCUUGUCUUGUCUCGCUUUAUGAUAAAGCUACUACACCUUUCCAUUGACGAUAUUGGUAACGGGCAACGUCGCACUUGACCCGAGACUUGACCUCGCAUAACGGACUUUGCCACUCUGCAUGACUAAUGUAUGCUGACAAACUAGCGUAUCAAUGACUCGGAGUUGAGUCAAUACGGCUGCACGAGUGCUGGCUAACUCAUAAAUAGCGCACAUUCUU